AUGAAGAGCUUUGAUAUUAUCACAUUAACGAUGUUAACGUUAGCUGUUGGGGCCGUAAACGCUGACAUGGGAAAUUGGAAAGACUUAUAUACUGAGAGAGGAAAGGAUGCAUUUGUGAACAAGAUGAAAGAACCAUACAUCAAAUAUCAAAAUGAAGAAAAAAAUCCUCUUCGGUCUCCUUCAGUUCGCAGUUUUAUUAACAAACUUAAAGCUAGUAAUAAGAAAAAGAUGUAUCCUGUCAUGCUUGUUACAGCCCUAUUGGGAGCUCAACUCGAAGCUAAACUUGACAGAAAAAGUGUUCCAUACUUUUAUUGCAAGAAAAAGUCCAAAUGGGAAUUGAUAUGGGUAAACAUUGAAGAUUUUCUUCCCUUUAUUAUAGACUGCUGGGAGGAUAAUAUAAAAUUAAAGUACGAUGCUGUUACUCACGUUUAUUCUCCAGCAGCAGAAGGUGUCCAAGUAAGAGUUCGUACAGGAAUAGAAAACAUUCGAUUCAUUGACCCAUCGGGAUUGCUGAAAUCAUUAACUGGAGAGUAUAACACCAUUAUCAAUGCUCUGGAGAGUAUUGGAUAUCAGCAGAAUAAAAAUUUGAUAGCUGCUCCUUACGACUGGCGUGUUGGAGCUGAUUCUUAUUAUUUACCAAAUGGUAUAUUUCAUAAUUUGAAAAAAAUGAUUGAAGGAGCAUACGCAAACAAUAGCAAUACUCCUGUGGUUUGUGUGGCAGAAAGUUUAGGCAAUCCAGUCUUGACUUUAUUUUUGAACACCUAUGUUAGCGAAGCAUGGAAAGCAAAAUAUAUAAAAUCUUACAUUGCUCUAGCUGGAGUAUUCGCAGGUGCUGGACAGACAGUUGCUGGCGUGCUAUCUCCAAUACUAGAUGGAUUACCUGAUUUUAUUGAUCCUAAUAUUAUUCGUACGCUUGCUCGAAGUUUCGGCAGUAUAGCAUGGCUAUUUCCAAAUGCAAAGUACUGGAAAGAUUACGUUUUUCUCAGCACACCAACAAGAAAUUACACAGCUAGUGAUAUAGGCGCUCUAUUGGAACAGCAAUCAUUGCAUGGCGUUUAUGAAAUGUAUUUAAAUAACAAGGAUUUGACAACUCUGCAAGCUCCUAAUGUCACUGUCUAUUGCUGGCAUGGUAUAGGAGUCAAAACCCCGAAUAUUUUUCAGUACGAUAGUGAUAAUUUUGAUCAAAAGCCGAAAGUAAUCGAAGUUGAUGGCGAUGGACGUGUACCUUUACCAAGCUUACAAGUUUGUAGACGUUGGAAAGAUGAGCAAUCGCAGCCAGUAUCAUAUCGUUCACUACCGGGAGUUACACAUGUCGGCAUAUUAAGUAAUGAAAGAGUUGUUUUAGAUAUUUUAUCUGUAGCUACAGGUGGCCAGCCCUUUUCUGAUUAG